AUGGUUGACCCGAAUAAUGAAGUGUUGUACAAUGCUGUAAUGAACAAGGAGCACGACAAUGUGCUUCGACAAUGCAAAGAAAGUCCAGAGGGUCCAUUUAGCAUACUAACCAUGCAUAAAGACACGGUCCUUCAUGUGGCCUUAUAUUCUAUGAACGUUGAGUUAGUAACAAGUUUGCUAGAUUUGCUCAAAAAAUUCCCAGAAGAUCAACUCAAACAAAAAAUGUGCCUUCAAAACACUGAUGGAAAUACUAUCCUCAUGGAGGCAUCAAUUUAUGACGGAUUUGUCCCAGCCGCGAAAGAAAUGUUGCGUAUGACCCCUGAGCUAUUGAUUAUAGAUAACAAUUUUCCAGACAUGCCUCUUUUUCGCUCUGUCCGCUAUGGACAAAUUAAGAUGUUCCAAUUUCUUGACGAAGAAGUUCAAGAAAGCAAAAUCAUCACAAGUGAAGCACAACGCAAAUCUUUUUAUUGCAAUAAAGAAUGUAAUAUACUUCAUCAAGCUGUUAUGACUGAGCAGUUUGAGAUGGCUCUUUUGAUUGCAAAGAAGUAUCCACACUUAGUAAAUGAAAAAGACAAAAAAGAGAGGUUGACUGCUCUUCAACAUCUUGCGCGCAAUCCGAAAGCAUUUUACAAAGGUCGUGGAUGGCGGAAGCGUUAUAUCAUGUCCG